AUGCUUCGUCGUAAUCCUACACGUUUAGAUAUUCGUCAAGAUGACAUUGAACAGCUUCAUGAUCUUAGGGCUAUAUAUCAAAGAAAGCUUUCUCAAAAACCGGGUGCGAGUGGGAAAGGAAAAAGGAAAAGGCCCUGCGUUCGACCAGACCUUAAUGGUAUGAUUGGACUAAAAAAUAAAGGUUAUCAACCAGCUCUUAUAACUAUUUUUUUGGAAUCUAAUCCUACUAAUCCACCAAUUGCAUCAAUUACAUACUGA